AUGUUCUGCGGCGAGUGCGGCCACCGCUGGGAGCCCGAAGAGAUCGCCAACGCGCGCUUCUGCGCCGACUGCGGCGCCCCCCGGGAAGACGCCCCUCCUGCAGCAGCUGCAGCUUCGGUGCCCCAUACCUCGAGCUUCUCUGCGCCGCCGUACGCCGCCCCGCCAUCGACUGCUGCCACCAAAUCCAGUGCCAUCGACUUUACACCAAAGUACAGUGCGGUGGCACCAGUGGCGACGCCGUCACCAGCGCCGCCCGUAGCUCCAACUUACACUGCGCCGCCGUCUUCCGGUCCAUCAGCUGCUGCGAGCGCCAAGUGCGCGCAAUGCGGUGAGCCAUUUGGAGACUCCACCGCCUCAUUCUGCGGCGAAUGCGGCGCUCAUCGCCCUGCAGCGGCCCCGAAAGCCGCCGGCGGGGGGACGGGACACCUGUUCAGUGCGGCGUCCACGUCGUACGCUGCUCCAGCUCCAGCUGCUGUGACGCAGUCUGCCGGGUACAGUGGGGGCGCCUCUUUUUCAUCCUCCAGCGUGGGUCACACGCCGCCCUACGCUGCACCUCAUGCCCCAGCAGCAGCAGCUCCCACGCCACCAGCUUCUUCUCCUGGGCACGACCCGUACGCUCCACCUGCUGCCUCUCCUGCGUACAACCCGUACGCUCCACCUGCUGCACCAGCGCAACCGGCUGAGCCGCCGGCUUCGGUGGACGUGAAAGCUGCUGAUUCGUCUGGCAGUAGUAUCAGCAAAUUGCUGGCGAAUCUGUCAGUAAGCACGAAGUCCGAAGGCGAGAAAGAGGAACAAGAUGGGACAGGCGCUGGGAUACACAUCCGACAGGUCGUUCGUGCGCGGAACAUGGACUCGCUCAGCACGCGAUUGGAAAUCUCGAACGCUGUCGAGCGCAACCGCGUAAAUCCCCAGGAGCGCAGCGAAGGAUACAACGUGACGAAGGUGAACGAGACGAUCACAGUAGUGCAAAACGAACGCGCGGAUCCGGUCGAGGAGCGCUACUACAACCAGCACACGCUACCAGACAACGGCGAGUGGCUUCAGAUAUUGCGCAAGAACCGGCAGACGGGAUCAAAGUUCACGGACCCACAAUUCCCACCCGACGCGUCGUCGAUUUUCCGUGAUGCCAAUAACCCAAAGUACCCGCAUUUGCUAGAGUACGUCCGGAAGUGGAAACGUGUGACCGAGUUUUUCAACGAGACGGCAUAUGUUGAGAUCACGAUGCUGGAUGACGAGAAGAAGCUGGUGUGCAGCAUGUCGAUCAAAAGCCCAGCUGAGACUGAGAGCAUUCUGAGUGUGAUCCGUCAGAAUCCGACGCACAUCGAUGCGCAGUUUCUAAAAAUUGCCAAGGAAGCAGUCACGACGGGUGUCAUGAAACGCAAGCGCGAUCACUUGAUGCUGCUUACGAAGAACAUGAUUGUGCACAUGAGCGAGUAUGUGCAGGAUGGACUCCAGCGCUUCGAGUUGAUGUGGGAAAAAAGCUUGCUUGAUCACUACAAACCACUUGCGUUUUCCAGUGUGGGGGAAGGAUCGGGCUACCGCGUCGACGGGUCCGAGUCCGGAGUAGUGUCUCGCGUCUCGAUUCUGGUGCCUGUGUACUUUCAUGCGCAGGGCACAUGCCUUUUUGACCGUUCCCGCGAGCCCAAAGCCGCCAGUCGUACCUCAGGGGUGGGCAUCAGCCCUGGAGAGUUGCGCGUGGGAAGACUUGCAGACGCCUACGUGUUUGGCGCACUAUCCAUUUUGUCUACGUCGCCGCUUGCGUUAUCGCAAUUGUUUCCCGAGAUAAGUGACGACCUGGUGCGCCCAGACCGCGUUGAGAUUGGGACCGCAUACCCAAAAGAGCAACAGUACAAUGAAGAGGGUGUAUACGCCGUUCGCUUCUGGCGUAACAAUCGUAGCCGCGUGGUCGUCGUCGACGACUACGUGCCGUGCAGUCAGUACGGCAAACCUGUCUUCGGUUCUUUCACAGGAAGCAACGGCAAGUUUGAGAUAUGGUCGCUGCUGGUAGAGAAGGCAUACGCGAAAUUGCACGGCGGAUACGAGGCGAUCGUUGGUGGGCAAGAAGGCUACUGCAUGCAGGAUCUCUUUGGCGGCGUGCCUGUGCGGUACCAGUUGCAAGAAAAAUGUCCAGACGAAGAAAAUGCGUGGCGAACGAUGAUCAGUGUGCUCCAGUCAGGCUCCCUUGUGGGAUGCAGCAAUGAAAACACGGCAGCCGAAUUGCCUUCAGGUCUCCUUAAGACUUAUGCGUACGGUAUAAUGAAGCUAGUGGAGCUGGAUUUCAAGGGCGUGCCUACGCGCUUGGUUCAGCUGCGCAACAGCUGGGGUAUCGGAACGCACCAGCAACCGGAGAAGUGGAAGGGUUUUUGGUCCAACGAAGACCCGAAGUGGCAUGACUUUUCUCGCAUGCAGAAGGUGGACUGCGGAUUCCAGUUUCGCGAGGACCACACCUACUGGAUGGAUUUCAGCGCCUUUUACUGUUUCUUCACGACCAUCAUCGAGUCACGAAACUUGUACAAUUUCCGCUCCCUUCCGGACGGCAUCGGUAAUCCGACUGCCCCAAGUUUGAGCAUCCACAUCGUGUCAGGAGAGUGGAAUGGUAUCACGAGUGGUGGGCGUGACGCCAUGCACUUGAAUCCGCAAGUGCAGCUCUUCUCUCCAGCUACAAGUGGCUGCGAUCUGAUAGUCCAUCUGGAACAGCCAUCACGCCGUCUAAAGAUGGACACGGAGUACACCUCUUACAUUGCGCCCGUUGUUGUGAAGAAUGGUGAGCGACGGCUGCGCAAAAUUGACCUUUUGCAGGAUGUGCUGGCUACAGGCACCUUCAUUUCGAACCGUAGUUGCCUCUUGGAAACGAAGCUGGUGCCAGAAGAAGGAGGCAAACCAUUUGUGAUCAUACCUGCGACGUACGACGGCUCUCUACCGUAUCAGCUAGGUUUCUCAAUGACGCUUUUUACGUCGAAGCCGACUGCCGUGGUGCCCGUCUCGGACACGGGCUCAAUACCCGUAUGCUGCGUUUGUCAGAAGGCACUAGCAGGUACUUUCCGCACCUUCACACAGGAGAAAGAUGGGCAGACGAAAGUUGACCGCGUGUGCCAAGGCACGUGUGUGAAUACUUACCGCGAGCGCAAUACUCCUGUGUGCGUGGAUUGUCAUCAGCGCAUCGAGGUUGUGGACGGUCAAUUCUCCGGCCGUAUGUUCACCCUGCCCGAUGGUUCCAGCGUGCACGCCGAGUGUAUUGAUGCGUACCAGAUUCGAACGUCGGAGAAGUGCAUCCAUUGUGGUUAUGCGAUCGCUGCUAUUCCUGGCCAGUUUGACGGCAAGUACUACCAGGUCACAGGGGGUAAAUGCCACGGAGAGUGUAUGGAGGCAUUCCAGCUCGCCACCGCUCAGCGCUGUGUGCGCUGUAGCGAGCCUGUGGUCAAAGUUCCUGGCAAAUUUGAUGGCCGCUUUUACAAAAUCGAAGGCGACCGUCUUGUGCAUUUCGAGUGCUGGGAGCUCUACCAGCAGUCUGUGGCGCCCAAGUGUGUGCAUUGUGUGCAGCCAAUCUUGCAGAUUCCAGGACGCUUCGACGGGCGCUUUUACGAGCUGGCGAGUGGCAUUGGUAAGGUGCACUUUGAGUGCUGGAGCGCCUACCAGAGGCUAGCAACUUGA